GUGGCUCCUCCCUGAAAUAGCGGAGAUCUUUACCUUCCCCUCUACAAUUUUCCCAUUAUUAUGACUUUUCGCUCUACACCCAUGUUUUCUUGCUUUUCUUCCAUUCUUAUAUUCGUAACAUAACUAAUUUUAUCAAAAGAAAGUAAUUUCUGUUCCUGAGUAAUCCAUGAUUACUUUCUACAAUAAUCAUACUCGGGAAGUUUGCAAGUCUCAACGCUGCUGGAUCACCUUGUUCAGGUUUUCGAUAGAUAAUUGAGCUGAUUAUAAUGGCUAAGGAGUAUAGCGGAUCACCAAAGCAUCAUCAGCUUGAAACAAAGCGGAGGCGGCUCACCUGGAUUCUAGGGAUCAGUGGCCUCUGCAUUCUGUUUUACAUCUUGGGAGCUUGGCAGAAUGCAACUCCCACUACCCAAUCCGAUGUUUAUGCAAGAGUUGGCUGUGACAACAACACUCUGGCAUCAGGUGGUAGCAGUGGUGACGUUUCGGUUAAACCAUCGUCCUCACUCGGUACCUUGGACUUUGAAAGCCAUCAUCAGCUUGAUAUCAACUCAUCCAAUGCAGUCAAGCAGUUUGAACCGUGUGAUAUGUCUUUGAGUGAGUACACCCCCUGCCAAGAUAAGGUGAGGGGGAGGAGAUACGACCGGAACAUGUUGAAGUACAGAGAGCGGCAUUGUCCUUCCAAGGAUGAGCUUCUAUUCUGCCUAAUUCCUGCUCCGCCUAAGUACAAGACCCCUCUCAUGUGGCCUCAAAGUCGGGAUUAUGCCUGGUAUGACAAUAUCCCCCAUAAAGAACUCAGCAUUGAGAAGGCUAUUCAGAAUUGGAUUCAGGUUGAGGGUGACCGAUUCAGAUUCCCCGGGGGAGGCACUAUGUUUCCCCGUGGAGCUGAUGCCUAUAUUGAUGAUAUUGGCAAGCUAAUUCCCCUUACUGAUGGAACAAUAAGAACAGCUAUUGAUACUGGUUGUGGUGUUGCAAGUUUUGGUGCAUUCCUUUUGAAAAGGGAUGUAAUAGCAAUGUCCUUUGCACCAAGAGACACACACGAAGCUCAGGUCCAGUUUGCAUUAGAGAGAGGAGUUCCUGCAAUGAUUGGAAUCAUGGGUUCACAACGGCUUCCUUACCCAGCCAGGGCUUUCGAUUUGGCUCACUGCUCCCGUUGUUUAAUACCUUGGUAUAAGUAUGAUGGAUUAUAUCUGAUUGAAGUGGACAGAGUUCUGAGGCCUGGUGGCUAUUGGGUUCUCUCUGGUCCUCCUGUUCAUUGGAAGAAAUACUGGAGAGGAUGGGAAAGGACACAGGAAGAUUUAAAACAAGAACAGGAUGCCAUUGAAGAAGUUGCAAGGAAACUAUGCUGGAAAAAAGUGAUUGAAAAGGGGGAUCUAUUAAUUUUUCAAAAGCCUAUCAACCACAUUGAGUGCAUCCAAAGCAGGAAGGUUUAUAAGACACCUCAUAUAUGCAAGUCAGACAAUCCGGAUUCUGCUUGGUACAGAGAUCUUGAAGCUUGCAUAACCCCACUUCCAGAGGUAAGCAACACAGAUGAUAUAGCUGGUGGUGCAAUUGAAAAAUGGCCAGACCGUGCAUUUGCUGUCCCUCCUAGAAUUAGCAGCAAUUCCAUUCCAGGCAUCACUCUGGAGAAAUUCCAGGAGGAUAAUGAAGUAUGGAAGCGCAGAGUGGCAUAUUACAAACGACUCACUCCGUCCCUUCAUCGUGGAAGAUACCGGAAUAUACUUGACAUGAAUGCCUACCUUGGUGGAUUUGCAGCUGCAAUGUUAAAAUAUCCUGUCUGGGUCAUGAAUGUUGUCCCUGCCAAUUCAGACCAUGACACUCUCGGUGUAAUCUACGAACGAGGAUUGAUCGGAACAUAUCAGGACUGGUGUGAGGCAUUCUCCACGUAUCCAAGAACAUAUGAUUUCAUACAUGCUGAUGGUGUGUUCAGUAUAUAUCAAGACAGGUGUGACAUUAGCCUCAUACUGCUAGAGAUGGAUAGAAUUCUGAGGCCAGAAGGGGCAGUUGUGUUUAGGGAUACAGUGGAGAUGGUGGAGAAGAUAAAGAGUAUUACUGAUGGAAUGAGAUGGGUUAGCCAUGUCCGUGACCACGAAAAUGGACCCUUCGUUAUGGAGAAAAUUCUGGUUUCUGUUAAAACUUACUGGACGGGUGAAGCUAAACAAAAGCAACCGUAGUACUGAUUCUUAAAACUGUAUUUUCUCUUUUUGUCCUUCUGUUUCUGAACAUCAGAUUGCAGCACUCCUGGGGACAUCCAUUUCAUAUUGGGGGAAGAAAGCUAGUAUUGAUGAAAGUUAUUAUGUAAUCCAGAAGAACAUAUGAAAUUUCUCGUCAUUGUGUUGGUUGGUGGUAGAAAUUAACAUUUCCUAUGUUAAUUAGACAUCCAAUCCAAUGUCUCUCUCAUUGUUGAGAGUCGAAAUCUCUGGAAAGGGUUGAAUGCAAUUUUUGGACUUAAUUAGUUUUUGACAGCCAGAAAAGUGUAGAAUUGCACUGCAUGCCAACCAUAUAGUCAAAAAGCAAGCCAACGACCCUUGUAUCUAUGAUACUGUUAUAGUACGCUGAGGGCCAUGCCGCACAAAUAAUUGUUGAGUCCUAUG